AUGACGCACGUGGUCAUGUGCCGCUUCCUGCGCUUGGGCUGCAGCGAGGGCGAGCACCCGCUCUUCCGUCGCGAGUACGCCAGGAGCAACCGAGAGAAAGGGGUCAAGUUGCUGCGGUGCUUCCCGCACUGCUGUCCGGAGCACGUCAAACGCAGCUACUGCGGCUGCUCCGUGCACUUGCUCGUGACCUUCUCAGCAGACGUGAGCGAUGCCAAUGCUGCGCUGGACGAGGUGGUGGUGGCGACGCGGUUCGAGCCCUCGCAGGUGGCGCCGCUGUGGCCUGCAAGCCUGGCGGGUCUGUUCCGCGAUGUCGGCGCAGCGGGGGAUGACGACAGAUCCAGACACGACAAUGAGCGGAAGCUGGGUAUUGGGGAGACGGUUGAGCUCCCCGCGAGCUUGUUUGGACUUGAUGCAGCGUUACCGUCCAACAAGGGAGCCAUCUGGAAUACCGUUCUGUACGCCAUCAACAAGCGCCGGUUCCCCAAGUGGUUCUACAACUAUCACGGCAGCACCACGCGCACCCAGCGUGAAAUGACCCACCACCUCGUCGCCUACGUGUUCCACCGGAGCACUCCAGGGCAGUCGACAACCCAAAACGAUGGGGAUCCGCCGACUGCAGUCGUGUUGGCGCGGCACGCGUCGCCUGCCUUCAAGUUGGUGUCGUUUCGACGAUCGGGCGUCACUAGCAAUGAUGCUUGCUGCGAGUUGCCUGCGAUGAAUACCCCUCCACAAAUGUUUGACCUUUCUAGGGCUGCACACCAGCAGCAGCAGUACCAGCAGCAACGGCAACAGCGUGUCCAUGACGAACCUCAAUGGUAUCAGCAGCCCAACCCGCGUGAAGAUCCAAAGUACCCGUCAGACGUUAUUAGAGAGCGCUAUGCCUACGACAACAACGAGGAGAAGAGGAACCUCGGUAUUCCAUUCGUUCAUGGCAUUUUGGGCGUUGAUCCAAGAUCGUGCACGAGAGAACUUGGAUACCGUGAGAAGGGCCAGCAUCUUCUCAUCUUGUGGCAAUUCGUCAAGUACAUUUCACUCGAUGACAUCGGGAUCCGAGCUGACACCGUGGGCUCGUAUUUGAUGCGCACAGCAGCAGCCAGAUCGGACGUAGAUCUCGAGCAUAUAGCGGCCUCAAGCUUGAGCGAAAUCUUCGAUCGUGCCCACAGCAAUCGUGACCAGUCUCCGUUGCCUAUCUUUGGCAAAGCCUCACCGCCAUCAGCCACUGCACCAUCUCCAGACCCAGAGUGUGCUGUCAUCCGAGUGGUUGUGCGUCUCUUCUUGCGUGGAUUGUCUUCGUGGACUGUCAAGGAGCUUCUGUGUACAGCAUUCGGAAUGGGAAGCGCUUCGACAAGUAAAGAGAAGCUCCGCGAGCAGUUCACGUUGCUCGUCAACAGUCUGUACGACGUCCUGGACGAUACCCUGCGGGAAUUUGCGCGUGAUGACAGCGGUUCAACAUUCGGCAACCAAGACGUAUGCUUGCCUGCUCUCGCCGACGCUGUUCUGUCGCUCGUGUCCAGUCGAGUAACCGCGACUCCGCUUCCCGACAUGGUGCUGCAAGAGCGUACAGCGCGGAGGAUUGACAGAAGCGCUGCACUUCCGAAUCCGUUCUGCGGUCGGUGGGUGCUAGACCCGCAGUCGAUGCACGCUAUCAACGUCGCAUCGGAUCGAGUACAUGACGCACGCGGAAGUUUUCAGAUGACCGAUGCUGCCCAAUUCAUACGUGAGGUCGGAUGCAUCGAUAUCGAGGUAAACGUCUCAGUGCCGCGGCUUUCGGUCCAAUCGGUGCAUUCAUUUGCAACUGGAGCGUCCAAGACGGCGUCGUCGAUGCUCCUAGACGGUCGACUGCGCGUCUUCCGCGUGUUGCCCAGCGGUUUGUCGUCCAUGAUCGCGACGGCCGGUGGGUGGUCCAUCGGAGACUACGCUGGCGCAUUGUCAGACGAUGCGCAGUCGCUGAGCGUCGACUUCUUCGCGUUCGCGGAGGGGUAUCACCCUCAAUCUGGUGGCGAGAUAACGGUGGCCCGUCGAGUGAGUAUGACGCUGACGCUGGGGCAGGAAUACGGCGAGGCUGGAUCGGUGUCGACUAGAGGCGGUGGCGAAAGAGAGACGAGCAUACUCGUGCACGGGGUGGUUUACGGCUCUGCUCUGAAACCCGACACGGAAGCCUUGAACCCUGAUGCAGGCGACCCGAUCUCGGCGCGCAGGUUGUCCACCGCAUCAUGUGCCGAUCGAUCCGCCGUGUGGAGCGACUUGAGGUGGACGCCACUCAUCGAGAUGCAGGCAGACUACGUUGCCGUGGCACACGCGUAA